AUGUUGUUGCACUUCUGGCUAAUUGCGUUGAUGGACCACUCCGUGUUCUUGCUUAUGAAUUUGCUCCUAAUGAAUCUCUUCAUGAUAUUCUUCAUGGUCGGAAUUCGGAAAGGAGUGAGAGGAGCACAGCCAGGUCAUGUUAUGUCGUGGAACCAGCGAAUUAAAAUUGCUGUUGGUGCGGCUAGGGGACUUGAGUACUUGCAUGAGAAGGCAAACCCUCAUGUUGUCCACCGAGACAUCAAAUCCAGCAAUAAAUACGCGAAGGAAGAUGAUCUCUUCUUCUGCAUUUCUUGA